AUGGCCGUCAAACGCACGAUGUCGGGCACCAGAAGCACCAGGUGGUUUUAUUUUACGGCGGACGACGAAGCCUACGUCGGGGAGUCGGACAAAGACAGGGCUAACCUCAGCUUGGCUGACUUCUCUCGGGGGCUCGAACGUAUCCCCGACGAUGUCAUCUACCCAGAUGUUCCUGCUGGCACGCACAUCACAAUCGCGCCCGAGAAUCUGGCUGAUGGUGCUGUAUUCAUUAAGCGCAUGGCUUUUAACCGGAUCAAAAGUUGUUCGACUAGAAUUGGUCUCCUCAAGGAGGAGGGGCUGAGCGAGGUCCUCGCCAUAGAGAAGGUUUCUAAGACGCCCCAUCCGUACAUUGUCCAGUACCACGGCUGCAGAGUCCAUCGCGGCCGCAUUACGGGCGUGGUGCUAGAAAAGCUCCGGUACUCACUGGCAGACUACACAAAUUUCCAGGAAGACAACGGUGGCGACGGCAGCGACGACGGCGACAGCGACAACGACGCCAAGGAGAGCGAUAACGGCGACGACAGCGAGGGCGACAAUGACAGCGACAGCGACAACGUCGACAACGACCGCGGCGUGCCUAGAACCAAACUCCGCCGGAUAGACAAGGAGGCCUUUCUGGCCGGGGUUGAGUCCGCCAUCAAGUUCCUACAUUCGAUAGGCCUCGCCCACAACAAUAUCAGUCCUGCCAAUAUUAUGGUGCGAGAGGUUGAUGACGGGUCUUACACCCCGGUCCUGGUCGACUUUGGCUCCUGUAUGCCGUUUGGCAUGCACCGGUAUGGUAGGGGCACGCCAGGCUUCAUGGACAGGGAGGACGAGAAUCUUCUUAUCUCGCGUGCUAGGCACGAUGAGUUUGCCCUUCAGCGCCUGAGCGAGUGGUGGCAUAAGGACCAUAGAAAGGAGCGGCUACGCCUUUUGAACGAGUUGAGUGUGAAGUGGCCCAAAGUCCACCAGAAACAACAGAUGACAGACAUGGAGGGUGUGGAGAGCGGCGAGGGUGUGAAGAGCGGCGAGGGUGUGAAGAGCGGCGAGGGUGUGAAGAGCGGCGAGGGUGUGAAGAGCGGCGAGGGUGUGAAGAGCGGCGAGGGUGUGAAGAGCGGCGAGGGUGUGAAGGGCGCCGAGGGCCCCGAGCCCUGA